AUGUUAAAUCUACGACCUGAAGAUCGGCCAUCUGCCAACGAAGCGUUGAAACACCCAUUUCUUAUGUCAGAUGACGAGAAAACAGACAAGGUUCUACGUAUAGAUAUAAAAACAAUACAUGCAGGAAGUGUUUCCACUACUGACGAUACUGUCCUAAGAUUGUGCUACUCUCCUAUGGCGUUAAAUCAACUUUUGGUUGUUACUGCUGGUUGUAGGCUGUUGAAAUUUGAUGCUCAUAGUGGGCAGUUAUUGAGCGAGGUUUCCAACGUUCAUCGAUCUAGCUGUUCGAGUCUUGAUCCUUUCCAAACUGGGCAUUUUCUUGCAACUGCUGGUGAUAAACUUAUCAAGAUAUGGGACUAUCACAUGAGAAUGGACUUGAAUUUCCAGGUAUUUAUUGGCCAUUCAAAUAAUAUCUCCAAAGUUCGUUUUACCCCAGACCUCCAAGCUUUGGUCAGUAUUGGAGAGGCGAUAUUUAUUUGGGAUUUCCUUGCAUAUGGCCGCGUUCCUUUGGAGCCUGGCGGAUCUUUAAGGAUAUCAAGUUGCAACAUUUCAAAUAAAUUUUGCGUUUUUAAUUCAGAUAAAACUGCACAUGUUUUUGAUGGAGCUGGCUCACCAACACAAGAUGACAUUGGAGAAUCUGAUCUCAAACCCAGACCUCCAAUUAUGGCGACCGAAUUACCUCUGCAGCCUCUCCCCAGUUCUCCCGACAAACGGGACGAGAUUGUCGUAAACUCUCCAUCUAAGAAAGAUGUGAAAGUCAUCGAUAGUUUCAAUCCUAUUGUGACUAGAAGUUUAAAAGUUCCGAACAACACUCCAGAAAUAUCGAAGUCGAUCAAGACCCAGACCCCAAUCCGCAUUUCGCUUUCCUCAGAUACAGGUCACCCAUUCCCUGGUGUGCUAAAACAUUACAAGAAACGUAAGAGUUCCACUGCGCUGCCUGAAAGAAAAUACACGGCACCCAGAAGUCAGGCUGGACUUGCUUUGCUGGCUAUUCUUGAUUACAACGGAGAUGGCCGGAACAAUAUGUGUUGGCAUCCUGAAACAGGUUUGUUCGUUUACACCAGUGGCUGCAUCGUUAUCAUCGAAGAUCUUCAUGAUGGAAAACAAAAACAUCUCAUGCAACAUUUUGAAGAGAUUUCCACAAUAGCUGUUCAACACGAUGUUCAGGUUCUUGCCUCGGCAUCCGGGUCUUCAAAGACGGUGGCGUCAUGCAUUUGUAUCUGGGAUAUUGCAUCUGGUGAUUAUAAAAAGAUGCUGACAUAUCACUCCUAUGAGAUUGUUGGCCUUCAUUUCUCAAGAGACGAUCGUUUUCUGAUCUCAGUCGGAGAUUACAGGGAGUGUUCCGUGGUAAUAUGGGGUACUAAGGACUACAAUGUACUCACAUCGUCCUAUACUAAAACUCCAAUCCAUGACAUCGCAUGGGAUACUUAUACGAUGAACGAGUUUGUGUCGGUCGGACAAGAUGGUCACGUGCUGUUUUGGUUACUGGAAGAAUCUCGUGGAUCUUUCAACUUGAAUGUUUGUGAAGGGAAAGUUCCCGAAGAUUUGUUAUACACUUCAAAGCAGAAUGACUCCAUGGUACAUUUUACAAGUGUCCGCUAUGCUGGUGAUAAUGUGCUUUAUGUAGGCAAUAAUGCUGGAAUUAUAUCUGCUUGGGAUACAAGACAAAACAAGUGUUUUAUGCACUGGCUUUCUGACGAUUCUGAAAUCGAUGUAAUUGUUUGUCAUCGUGGCUCGCUGACUACCGGAAGCUCAUCGGGGCAUCUUCGUCUUUGGUCUGUUGUAGGCGUUGGAGAGAUGAGAUUGCCCGGAGAGAAUGAUGUAUUGAAUCAAAAUGGUUUGGUUAUCGAAGACGAAAUGUCUUUGGACGCCGGAGUGAUUUCUGCUUCAUUCGACACAUCCUUGGAAAUGGGUAUUGUUGGUACAGUUGGAGGUACGUUAUGGUACAUAAACUGGACAGAGAGGACGUCUAUUCGUCUUGUCAGCAGUCAUACAGAGAAGAUAAAUUCACUGGUGGCCAGCGGUCCUGAUGACAAAUUCUUUGCGACUUGCUCCGAUGAUGGUAGCUUAAGAGUCUGGACUUCUGAUGACCUCGAACAAACGCUGCAAUUUCAAGUUGUCGAUCAGCGCUGUAAUUGUGUUUCAUUCUGUCCAACACCUCCACGUGAACCAACACAUAAUGUCUUACAAGAUGGUGAAGUGAUAGCCACAGUACAUCCUAACAUUGAACCAGUGGAGAAACCAUUAAGACCAUCACAUUGCGUGGCUGGUUUUGAUGAUGGAACCGUAAGACUCUUUGAUCUUGGAAGAGUUGAAAUGAUUAUGAAAAUACAUCCUCAUUCUGGGGGCGUUACUGUUAUCAAUUUUUCUGCCUGUGGUCGUGUUUUUAUGAGUGGUAGUACAGAUGGUGUGGUAGCCAUAAGUAGUCCUGCUACUGGCCUCACUGUCCGUUUGAUCCAAGAUCAUAAGGGAGCACCAAUCACUGAUAUGGACAUUGCUUCACAUAAGAACGAUCAUCCAUCAUUCAAUUCGCCCAGAUUGUGGCUUAUUGCGAACGCUGAUCGUAGGGUUAGCGUAUGGAAGGCCGAUUGGUCGAAGGAUUUCUGCGAGCUUGUUGAUUGGUUAACUUUUCCCGCUCCAAAUAUAACACCUGAAGGAAUUGCUUUGAAAAAAGACGAUGCGUCUGCGUAUUUGCAUCUACCGCCAAGUUUGGCAAGAUUCUCGCCAACAGAGCCCGAUGUUAUUGUGUACAGUGGUUAUGGUCUGAGAAAACUGAUACAAUUCUACAGCUUGUCCCAGAGAAAGGUUUUUCGAACUAUUUUGUUGACACAAUGGGCUUCUUGCUUGGAAAUAUCGCCUAAGGGUCAUUUAAUUGCUGUUGGAACCAAAGAUCGACUAGUGAAAGUAAUUGAUUAUGAUAAAGGUAGCUUUCAAGAUUUCGAUAUGCAUUGUGACUCUAUUAGCCAUGUGACAUUUUCUCCGACCGGAGAUAAACUGUUUUCCGUUGGUUUUUCGGAUGUUGCUUUGUGGAAGGUGUUGAUAUAGAGAUACGUCCUUAUUACACAAUCUUGGCAAAACAAUAUAAAGUCGAAGGCUGGUGCGCUAUAGUCUAUGACCCGUCAAUUUAAAAACUCGACAUUUUAUAGGCUUAUUGAGAGCAAUAGAGAGAUAUGCGUAAAAUGUAUAAUACAUUCUUAUUUAUGAAAGGAAAGUAAAACCAGCAAAAUUUUGUUUUGUUUGUUAAAGAGCAAAA